GGUGUUGAAAGAGGACCAGACCAAGUCACGUUAUGAAUGCAAAAUGGGGGUUUGAACAUCCUGUAAAGUUUCUCUUUUUUUCUCUCUCUUCAACAUCCCACCAUACUCCUUCACUCAUUCCUGCCAAAAAUUUCUGAAAACCAGGAAAAUUUUAAAAAAGAUUCUUCCUUUCUUCUUUUAUUAUGUGUGUUUGAUCAAAAAAAGCAAACUCUUGGAACUGGGAGCAGUACCCUGUACCCACCCACCUCCAUUAUCACUCUUGUUUUUCUGGUCAAAUUAACUGAUUUUUUUCUGUUGAUUUGAGCUAAUUUUUUGUGGGUCUUCAUGCUUUUACUGGUACCCUUAAAACACUAGAAAAAAGUUUCCCCCUUUUUUUUUUUAGGGAUUGAAAAGUUGUUGCAUUUUGGGUUUGAAUACUUUGAAAGGGUGGAGAAACCCCAAAAAAAAAGUAAAAAAAAGGUGGGUUUUAAAGAGAGAUGUACGUCGUGCCACCGCCUUCACAGAAGUCGGAUCCGGCAUCUGGGUCUUCUGAUUUAAGGGUUUACCAAACUUGGAAAGGCAGUAAUAAAUUUUUGCUUCAGGGGCAGCUAAUCUUUGGACCAGAUGUGAGAUCAUUGUUUUUGACCAUAUUCCUCAUUGCUGCUCCAAUUGCAGUUUUUUGUGUUUUUGUUGCUAGAAAGCUGAUGCAUGUUUACCCUCAUAAUUCGGGAAUAUCGAUCUUGGUAGUGGUGGUGGUGUUAACUGUCUAUGAUUUAGUCCUCUUGUUACUUACUUCCGGAAGAGAUCCUGGGAUAAUUCCCCGCAAUGCACACCCUCCAGAACCUGAAGGCUUUGAUGGCAGCACGGAAACGGGGGGUGGCCAAACGCCACAGCUGCGGUUGCCCCGCAUUAAAGAAGUGGAGGUCAAUGGCGUCCCAGUGAAAAUCAAAUAUUGUGAUACUUGCAUGCUCUACAGACCUCCACGAUGCUCACAUUGCUCUAUAUGCAAUAACUGUGUGGAAAGAUUUGAUCAUCACUGUCCGUGGGUUGGGCAAUGCAUUGGGCUGAGAAAUUACCGAUUCUUCUUCAUGUUCGUCUCCACAACUACGAUCUUGUGUAUAUAUGUGUUCUCAUUUUGCUGGAUCUACAUCAAGAGGAUCAUGGACGCAGAAGAUACCUCAAUAUGGAAGGCCAUGAUUAAGACUCCUGCCUCCAUGGUUCUUAUAAUUUAUACUUUCAUCGCAGUUUGGUUUGUUGGUGGUCUUACGGCCUUCCACUUGUAUCUGAUAAGUACAAAUCAGACAACAUACGAAAAUUUCAGAUACAGAUAUGAUCGACGUGCAAACCCGUAUAACAAGGGGGUAGUAGAGAACUUCAAGGAGAUAUUCUGCACCAGUAUUCCCCCAUCAAAGAACGACUUCCGGGCUGAGGUGCCUAGGGAGCCUCUUCCAUCAGCUCGACCCAUGGGUGCAGGAUUUGUCAGUCCAAGCAUGGGAAAGGGUACAGAUGACAUAGAGAUGGGACGAAAGGCAACAUGGGGUGGGGAGUUUGGGCCAGGACUUGAACCUGGUGAAGGUCAAGUAAGUGACAACGACAUACUAAAUAUCAAAGAUGGUAGAUUAGGUCAGUCAUCUCCAGACAUAAGGGGUCAUGUGGAUGAAAUUGGGGAGCGUGGUGGACUACACCCUAGACGUUCUAGCUGGGGAAGGCAAAGUGGGAACUGGGAAAUGUCACCCGAGGUUCUUGCAUUGGCGGCUCGAGUAGGUGGCAGCAACAAUACUGGGUUACCCUUACAGCAUGCGGAUGUGAAGCUGUGAAUUGUUAUGCAACUUUAGGGGGAAAAGUAAAGUUUUUUUUUUUUUUUUUUAAUAUCUUGGGUGUUCUAUUUUUCUGAGGGUGUGAAAUUUGGGUGGAGCCUGAUUUGGAGAACUUGGUCGUUCUAUCCAACUGCACGUUUAAGUUAUAUGUGAAUUCGUAGGAAGCAUGAGUCUGUUUCUUUUAGAGGUGUUGAUAUUCAGUUGUCAAAAUGUUAUAUUUUUUUUCUCAGCUUUGUGAUCCUUGUAUUGUAUUAUUUUCUUUUAUGUUUGUAUUCUUAGUUUCAAACAAUGUUCUCGUUCCUUCAAUCAAGUGAAGAAUGCAUGCCAAAGUGUUGGGAUUGCUGUCUUA